AUGGGGAAAAAUGAGGAAAAGAAAGAAAAUAUCGAUAAGGAGUCAGAGAAGGUUGUUAUUUUGAAAGCACUUGUGCAUUGUGAAGGUUGCUCGGACAAAAUUUGCAAGUGUUUAAAAGGUUUAGCAGGAGUGAAACAUGUUGAAGUUGAUAGAGAACAUCAGAGGGUCAUGGUAAAAGGUGAAGUUGUGAAUAAUCCUUCCAUGGUUUUGGAAAGACUUCAAAAGAAAUACAGCAAGAACGUAGAGUUAAUUUCACCAAAACCAAAGCCAGAAAACCAACAGAAAAAUAUCCAAGUUAAAAAGGAACAGGUUAAAAUAAAAACUGUGGUGCUUAAGAUGUAUAUGCAUUGCCAAGGCUGUGUACGAGAUGUCAAGAACACAGUUGAGAAGAUGGAAGGUGUUGAGUCUGUGGACGUAGACCAAGAAAAAUCACGAGUCACUGUGAAGGGAACGAUGGAGGGAGCAAAACUUGUUGAAGCCGUGAAGAAGAAACUAAGAAAACAAGCUGAGAUUAUGAAGGAGGAGAUCAAAAGAGAACCCAUCAAAGAAGGGAAUAAUAAUGAAACAUGCAGAGAACCUAUUAUAAUAUACACUUAUCCUCCUCAAUAUGCAACCCAACAUAUUUAUCCCAAUCAUACCUUCAAUGAUGAAAACGUUUUUGCAUGUUCAAUAAUGUAA